AUGGCCGACUACUGCGCGGCCAACGGCAUAGGGCUGCUGCCCUACGGCGUGCUGGGGGGAUCCUUCCUCACAGACAAGUAUCUGGGUGCUGACGUCAGCACUGUGAAGGCAGACACCUACUCAAAGGGCAAGUACGGGUCCGUCAUCGUGGAGAGCCUGGGCGGCUGGGGCGGCCUCCAGCGGCUGCUGGGGGAGCUGCAGCCCAUCGCACAGAAGCACGGCACCACCGUCGCCAACGUGUCGGCGCGCUGGGUGCUGCAGCAGCCGCAGGUGCCGGCAGUCAUCAUCGGCGCCCGCAACGCGUCCCACGUGCCGGACCACCAGCGGCUGUUCUCGUUCGAGCUCGACUCAGAGGACCUCUCAAAGAUUGAGGGCGUGCUGGCUGAGACCCGGCAGCCGACAGGGGACUGCUACGAGUGGGAGCGCGGGGGGCGGUUCUGA